GGUGCAAUUUCCUUUCACCGACGUCCGCAACCGCUGAUACGCCGACACAACACCGGGAGCUAAUCCGAGUCAGCACAGUCCGCGAGCAAAUCUCGCGAUCUCGUUCAAUCGACUGCCGACGUCCGUGCUCGCACGUUCAUCGCCGCUGCCUCUGUCGCUCCACAACUCUGGGUUUUUCCGUAUCCAAGUGUCCGGCUCCACAGUCCUGCACCGCCGCCCCCGAAAUGGCAUCGUUCGACCGUUUGGGACAGUACCCUCAGGGUUCUGCCGUGCCCGUAUCGCCGGCCACCGUCAGCGGGCUCGAUCAGCUGAGGGACGGACGACUGAACAAGGAAAUGGCUUUCUCUAUUGAAGAAAGACAAUCUCUGGGCAUUCAUGGGUUAUUGCCACCGCGUGUUAAGACACAAGACGAACAAGUUAAACAUGCCUUGGCCAACAUUGAACGUUUUAGUGACGACCUGAAUAAAUAUAUUUACCUAAUGGGUUUACAAGAAAGAAACGAAAAACUUUUCUACAGGGUAAUGGCUGAGAACGUUGAAGCGUUCAUGCCACUCGUUUACACACCAACCGUUGGACUGGCAUGUCAAAAGUAUGGCCUCAUUUUCCAGAAACCCAGAGGACUAUUCAUAUCCAUCCAUGAUGCCGGUCAUGUUUAUGAUGUGCUGAAGAACUGGCCUGAACAAGAUGUUAGAGCUAUUGUUGUGACUGAUGGUGAGAGAAUCUUAGGGCUUGGUGACCUUGGUGUUUACGGAAUGGGUAUUCCUGUCGGAAAAUUAGCUUUGUACACUGCUUUAGCUGGUAUCAAACCACACCAAUGCCUUCCAGUCACGCUCGACUGUGGAACCAAUACUCAACUACUGUUGGACGAUCCUGAUUAUGUUGGUUCUAGGCAAAAACGUGUCACUGGUCAGCAGUAUGAUGAUUUCAUUGAUGAAUUUAUGCAAGCUGCUGUAAAACGUUACGGACAAAAUUGUCUGAUUCAAUUUGAAGAUUUUGGAAAUUCCAAUGCUUUCCGAUUUUUGGACAAAUACCGUAACAAAUAUUGUACAUUUAACGAUGACAUUCAAGGAACUGCUUCUGUAGCAUUAGCUGGUCUUUUUGCUUCUCUCCGUAUUACUAAAACUAAACUAUCAGACAAUGUGAUUUUAUUCCAAGGCGCUGGAGAGGCAGCUCUAGGAAUUGCUGAGCUAUGUGUGAUGGCUAUGCUUAAAGAAGGUACAUCUUUGGAAGAAGCAAGAUCAAAAAUUUGGCUUUUUGAUUCCAAAGGUCUUGUAGUUAAAGAUCGCCCUGAAGGUGGAGUAACUGGACAUAAAGUUGAGUAUGCCAAAGCUGUAGCCCCUGUUAAAGUACUUGCUGAAGCCAUCAGAAAAGUUAAGCCAACAGUACUCAUUGGUGCUGCUGCUAUUGGUGGAGUGUUUACAAAAGAAAUUAUACAGGAAAUUUCAUCAUACAAUGACCAUCCAGUUAUCUUUGCCUUAAGCAACCCGACCAGCAAAGCUGAAUGUACUGCUGAACAAGCAUAUACACAUUCAGGUGGCAAAGCUAUAUUUGCUAGUGGCUCACCAUUCAAUCCGGUUACAUACAAGUCAAAAACUUACUAUCCAGGCCAAGGAAACAAUUCAUAUAUAUUCCCUGGAGUAGCACUUGGUGUUAUUUGUGCUGGAAUUAAGACAAUAUCCGAAGAAGUUUUCAUCAUUGCUGCUCAAACUUUAGCAGCACUUGUGACUGAAGAAGACUUAGAUAAUGGUAGUUUAUACCCACCACUGCAGUCCAUACAAGAGUGUUCUUUGAAAAUCGCUGACAAAGUAAUUGACUACGCAUAUAAAACUGGAGUAGCCAGCACAUUCCCAGAACCAGAAGACAAAAUUGAAUUCAUCAAAGCUCAGCUAUACGAUUAUAGCUAUAGUUCAGCAUUGCCACCAUUGUAUGCUUGGCCAAAACAAUAAUUUUUUAACUGAACUUUUCUUUCUGAUAGCCAAUCUAUAAUAAUGGCUGGCUACAACCCCUUGUUACACCCAGCCAAGGCUAUCAUAUAACAUAUUUACACUCAAUAUACGAAGUUAGUAAUUCUAUUAAUAUCAACAACCAUGUUGUUAAUUUUUGUUGACAUUUUUUUUUCAUGGGGGUAGGUGAAUAGUUUUUAUAUUUCCUUGGUUACCGUAUCUCAUUUUAUAAUAAGUUGUGAUGUACAUUUCAAUUAUUUUUGUGUUUGAGUUUGUCGACAGUAGUAAAAUUUUAUUUGUUUUUAAUUAUAUACUUUUUAAUUGUUAAUUUAAUUAUUCACAAUCAAGAACAUAAUAUUGUUGUAAUUAAUAAUACAGCAAUCCUCAAAAUAAAACUUACAUAAUGACCAAAACAUGUAUUUAUAUUUGUACAAUAUAUUUUGUCCAUUUAA